CAUUCCAUGCGUGUGUGGACGGCAAGAAAAUAUACAGAAAGUAUGCCUGCCCUUUCUGCUGCAUUCGGUUGCACACAACGCCGUACAAUCGCAACCUGAGAACUCAGAAUAACACGGCAGACACCGCGGCGGGGACAUCAUGCCGGCGGGCAUGAUGGACAAAGGUUCGGAAUAUCUGGGCAAGGCCCGCUCCAACGGGACCAAGAGUCCGUCCAACGCGUCAAACGGACACUUGACGGAGGACAGCGGCAGUGACGACGAACACGAUGUCGGCAUGCGAGUAGGAGCAGAUUAUCAAGCCAGCAUACCCGAUUUUGAAGCCGGCCCCAGCAAAUAUUCGGAGAAGGACAACGGCGGGAUGUUGGUAUGGUCGCCUUACCACGACAUUGAUGACUCCAAACUGGAUGAGUACAUCGCACUGGCUAAAGAGAAGCACGGUUACAACGUGGAGCAGGCGCUGGGGAUGCUCUUCUGGCACAAACACAAUAUCGAGAAGUCUUUGGCCGACCUUCCCAACUUUACACCUUUUCCCGACGAGUGGACGGUGGAGGACAAAGUCCUCUUCGAGCAAGCGUUCAGUUUCCACGGGAAGAGUUUCCACCGCAUCCAGCAGAUGCUUCCAGAUAAAUCCAUCUCUAGCCUGGUCAAGUACUACUACUCGUGGAAGAAGACCCGGUCCAGAACCAGUCUGAUGGACCGCCAAGCCCGAAAACUGGCCAACAGGAGCAACCAGGGGGACAGUGACGAGAUGGAAGAGGCGAACACCAUGGAAACCAAUGACAGUGACUACGACCCCAACAAGGAAGCCAAGAAAGAGCCCAACAACCUGGCGGACCCGCCGCCGCCGGCCUCCAAGUUGGCACCGGGCCGCCGGGAGCACCAGACGCUGCAGCACCGCCACCACCAGCGCUCGCGAUGCCGCCCCCCCAAAGGCAUGUACCUGACCCAGGAUGACGUGGUGGCCGUCUCCUGUAGCGCCGCCGCCGCCAACACCCUCCUGCGUCAGCUGGAUAUGGAACUGGUGUCCCUCAAGAGGCAGGUUCAAAAUGCCAAACAGAUGAACAGCGGACUGAAGCACGUCUUGGAAUCUGGAAUCCACGACUUCCGCCUGCCUGAGAGCGCUCAGAAGGUGAACGCUCGCUGGACCACCGACGAGCAGCUGCUUGCUGUUCAAGGUGUCAGGAAGUACGGCAAAGACUUCCAGGCUAUCGCCGAUGUCAUCGGGAACAAAACACUGGGACAAGUAAAGAACUUCUUCGUCAACUACCGGCGGCGUUUCAACCUAGAGGAGGUGCUUCAGGAGUGGGAGGCGGAGCGAGGGGAUGGCACCGCCCACUCCGGGGAAGAGUCGAAGAACGCUUCGGCCACGCACUCUGGGAGGAGCACGGACGAGGACGAUGACGAGGCUCAGCCCGCGUUGGGGGCAUCUUCCGCUCCCGUGUCUUCGUCUCAGGCCGCCGUGACGUCGAGCCCCGCCUCCUCAAUCCAGCAGCCGCCGCCGCUCCUGCGUCCCUCGCUGCCGGCCACGCCCUCCCUGCACCGCCAGCCACCGCCCCUCCAGCAGCAGCCCCGGCCCUCCUUGCAGCAGCCACGCCCCGCCGCCUCGCAGCAGUCCCGCCCCACCGCCUUGCAGCAGCCGCCGCCCCUCAUCCGGCCCUCCAACCCGCCGCCGCCUCGUCUCAACCCCCGCCCGUCUGUCCCAGCAGGCAGCCAGCAGCCUUCAAGCAUGACGCUCCACCAACCGGACGCAGCGGCCUCGUCCUCCUCACACCAUUAACGCGCUGAGAGGAAACAAGAGAAGACGACGUGAUGUUUGCCAUGGAACGUCUGAACGAGGCGCCUUCGUGGCAUUCAACUUUCCUACAGCACUUGAAGGCAGUACAAGUGUCCGCAGCGAACUGUCAAUCAAAGACAAAAAGACAGCAGCGAACUGUCAAUCAAAGACAAAAAGACCAACAGAAAAAUAAAUAAAUCAGACAACCAAGUAGGCAGGCAGCUUGUGGUAAAUAAAAGCAUACAAACAUACACACACACACGUGGGUAAAAUUGUUGGUACCCCUUUGUUAAUGAAAGAAAAACGCACAGUGGUCACAGAAAUAACUUGAAUCUGACAAAAGUAAUGAUAAAUAAAAGAAAUAAUGAAAAUUAACCAAUGAAAGUCAGACAUUGCUUUUGAUAUGUGGUUCAACAGAAUUAUUAAACUCAUGAAACAAGCCUCGACAAAAAUGAUGGUACCCUUAACGUAAUAUUUUGUUGCACAACCUUUUGAGGAAAUCACUGCAAUCAAACGAUCUUUGUAGCUUUCAACUUUCGACUUCUGCACCUCAGCAGGUAUUUUGGCAAACUGCUCCAGUUGUCUCAGGUUUGAAGGGUGCUUUCUCCAGAUAGCAUGUUUUAGCUCCUUCCACAGAUGUUCAAUAGGAUUUAGAUCAGGGCUCAUAGAAGGCCAUUUCAGAAUAGUCCAAUGCUUUGCUCUUAGCCAUUCUUGGGUGUUUUUAGCUGUGUUUUGACUCAUUUAUUUUCAACAGUGAUGUUGGUGUCCUCCUAGGUCGUCUCCCAUGAAGUCUACUUUGGCUCAAAAAAUGACGGAUUGUGCGAUCUGACACUGAUGUAAUUUAAUAACCUUGGAGUUCACCUUUGAUUUCUUUGGAGGUUGCUCUGGGCUCUUUUGUUACCAUUCGUUAGGCUUUAAACGAUCAGGAUUUUUGGUGCCAAUCAUCGAUCAGCGAGUUUAAAAAAAUAAAAUAAAAUAAAAAAUCACCGAUCCAAUCACAAGAUGGAGCAAUGUGUCUAUUUAAAUGACCGGUUCAUUUACUGUAUAUACUUGUGUACUUAAUUGCUCAAAAAAUUAUAUUUACAAUUAAUAAUGUAUCUUUGUUCCUCUAUUUAUGCCAGUGAGGCAUAGUGACAGACGGAACAAAUGAAUGGUCUUCUAUUAGAUGGCAGGAAGUACAUACAGUAAUUAAUAUAUCCACUUUUGUGACAUUUUUGUUUGUUUGUGUGCAGUGGGAUUUUUCAAUUGUAAAAUAUGUUCCUUGGCUCCAUAAAGGUUGGAAAUCA